GACCAGCGCUGCUGUCAUUUUCAUUGAUAAAAAUAAUACUACGGAAUAGUGAUAGCAAAAAUACACAAAUAAUUGGGAAAAUUUAAAGUUUUUCCAAGUGUUUUUCGCGUUCUGGUGCAAUAGGCGCCUUUGUCGAACGUUACAUUUUGUGCGUAUCGAUCACUGAGUGUGAAAAAACAUCGAUUCGACAUGUAGAACUGCCGUGAAAGAAUGAAGGUUGAUUGUGUUUGGAUUAAGCUCUGGUUAGAUCAUUCAUUCGAUUGUGACGACAAACGGCAACGUAGUUCGCGCUGAUGAUGGUUGAUUGGACACACCAUGUUAUUAGUUAUGUUCGCACCCAUAGGGCACCAGUUGUAUUCCCGAUAUCAAAAUUUUGCACCCUUUAAACAUAAUUCAGUUCAUUCACGUGGUUAAGCUGGGCGAGACGGUUAAGCCUGAUUCUGUUCGCAAGAGGUUUCUUCUUUGCUACCACCAAAGUCCGGAGGGGAUACUCGACCAGUAUUGUACUUGUGACAUGUGGAAGACUUAAACUACUGCUUCACGGCUCGUCGUAUAACCUAGUUCGAAAUCCAAGGCGAUUUUCGUGAUUGGCGUGAUUCGUUUUCAACGUGUAUUAAUCAAAUCGUGCGAAAAACAGUUCAUACAAAACUUUUCCGUUGCUAUAUAUGCGUUUCAAACUCAGCAACAAACGAGAGUUUAUCAUUUAAAGUGAAAAGUAUAAACGCAAACAAAAGGGCAAGAGCAGUAAAUUAGAGCUGAUAUGGAAUGAAAUUAUUGCUCUAUACGCCAGUGAACAUCGUAUAUGCAAGCCAAGUGUCCCCGUCCAGACAAACUAAGCCACUGUUGCUGCUCUAUUGGGCCCAAUAAAUCUUAAUUUAAAGUAAAAUAAGUUGAUUGCUGUGUCACACUGCUCUGUGCCUUUACUCGUGAGAUUUCCGUACAGUGAAACCGCCAACUGACAACAAGCAACAUCGGCUCCAUUUGUUAAACUAAGUGACUGUGACCGUUCGAGUGAGCGCCACAUUUCUUGUUGUGUUCCGGACGAGAUAACAUACCCAAAAUGUUGAGUGCGUUAGCGUACUGCGCGAAGCUAUGCUUCAAUAUUUGAUAGUGUGGAAUCGAAAAACGCAAUCAAAUGUUACUAUGGAUUGUGUAAGGUCGAUCGAGUAUUAUAUUAACGACUAACCAACCGGUGGGACUUAAAAUAUUCGAAGAAAAUCUAAACGUCUAGCGUGCGCGAGUGUCUGGUUGUGCCACAUUUUACGUGAGCUUACUCUUAAAUAAAUUUGAGCUACUCAAUACAUCAAAGCCGCAAAGGCCAAAAGAAAAACCAAAAUGGUGGAAGUGAUCAGUAUAUAUUGAUUGCUAAAACUUGAUAAAACGAAUCCAACGCGAGUGUUAAUUAGCCGUGCAAAUUAGCAGUCAACCAAAGCAGAAAAACAAGUUCCGACGAAGAAAACCGUGAGGUGUUGGCGAAGAAGAAAAUUCCACUAGAGAACCUUUCAACGAAACGAUUUUCAUUCAUUGUCAAAGUGGAGCUGCUACAGAACAAAGUGCUUGAACAGUUGUCCUUAAAGUUUUGCGCCAUUAGUGUGCCAUAUGGAGUUGGAAAAUAAGUGUAUGGAAUUUGUCGUUUUCAUGGUUAACAAAAUGCUGAUUGAUAUCGAAAACACUCUACUGCAAAGCCAUCGACAGCGUGAAACUACCGGAAUCAAGAAAUUGUACAAUUCAUUCUUUGUACUGUUUUAACUGACUCGCUGAAACAAAGACCAAAGUAUCGGUGCAUAUCAAGUGUAAUGUGCUUGUACUUAUCAUUCAUAUGUGAAGAAAAAGUCCCAAAAAGGUAAAUUACAAAGUGCAAUUUUUUUUUAUAUUAAAAAGAAUAAGUAUAAUCAUAGUAUAUUAUCCAAAUAAAGUAGAUUCAGGCACGUACGGUCCCGUCUCCAGGAACAAGGUCAAAUUGUCCGAAGAUGUAAACUACUGAACAAUCACCCGUGAAGAAAACUGUGGAGAUAUUAACAGAAUCAUAUCAGUUGCACCUGAAACAAUUGAACAAACACAGAAGAAAUUAUACGGAAGAAACCUCAAGUUUGUGCCUGUUAUCGUGAACUGAAUAAGUGAGAGGUACACAUGAUUGAAUUUUGGCUUGUGACAGCCAGUGAGAUAUCAAUAUUUCCAUUGUUGAGAGUAAAUUAAAAUUCAUUACAAAUCGUCUGGAGAAGAAAAUACCCAAUAAUAUAAGGGGGUUGUGUGUUGUCGUCACGGUGCACGUCAUUUUUGAGGCUGCAAAGGCUGCUGAAAAGAAUAUCAAAGAUAGCAAUUCCGACUUCUUCGUUUGAAUCAGCAGGGUGGCAUUGGGUGAGAUAGAAUCACGAAUGGCGGUAUCGCUGUUGGCUAACUUAUGCAAUAGUGGAUUAGAACAGCUCUGCCAAACACCGGAGCCGUUGAAGUUUUACUAUCACGCCAACGGCCAUUACAACCACCACCAUCUUCAUCAGCAGCAACAGCAGCAUCUUCAACAAGGUGGUCGAGAUCUGUGUGAAAAAGAAGAACAAAUGGAAUACCAGAAUUCGUUCUAUCAGCAGCAGCAACACCAACAGCAGCAGCAACAACACCAGCAACAGCAAGACCAACAACCUCAACAUUCAAAUCAACAAAAUCAACAGCAUCCGCAAAAUCAGCAAGAAUUCGAAGAGAUAUCUCAAAACUACACCCUCGACAACGACGACAACUACAGUGGGUCUCCGAACAAUUUCCAGGACUAUCGCAACAAUUUCGUAGACUCGCCUCCAGAUUCGAAAGAGUCUUGGCCGGUAGAAUACACCAAAAUGCAGUCCGGAUUACCUACUAAUAGUGGCGCCAACACGGCUACAUCCACUAACGUCGUGGCAGUGGCAGCGGCGGCGGCUGCUGCAGCUGCAGCCGCCGCAGCUGCUCAGCAGGAGAGCUCAUAUUCCGUGGUUAUGCCGAAUCGUAAGCGCCGUCUCGAAUGGAUGUCCACACAUCAGGACGAGGAGAACGAUGGAUCGGAAACGAAAAUUGCAAACACGGAAAAGGAACGAGAUGUCAGACGCAAAGGUUCGAUGCGCUGGCCAGAAGAAUUAGAUCUAGAUUUGAGUAAUGACCUUUCAAACAAUGGAUAUAUUAGUGACUCACUGCUGAACUUUCCAGUCUUCAAGCAAGAAUUACCUUCUCCACCACAAAAGCUUGGCCAUGAAGUGAUAAAAAGUACAAAAACCAUUCAAGGGCCAAGCUCACAGCAACAGCAACAACAGCAGCACCCCCAACAACAACAACAUUCUCAGCAUCCCCCGCAUCAUCAAAAUCAUCACCAACAUCCCUUGCAAAACUCCGAACAGCUACAAGCUCAACAACUACAGCAACCUCAACAACAACAGCAACAUCACAGCCAAGGUGAUCAACAGCAAAGCUUGAACAACAACAAUAGCAACAAUGGAGGGCAGUCUGCAUCGGUCGGUAAUGAUCAGGCAGUCGUGCCGGGAAUGACUGGCAAUGGGUCGGGAAACUUGGGCAAUAUGAGUGGGUUGCAGAACUUCAUACAUGGCAGCCGAUAUGAUAGUACAGGAAAUCUCGCUCAGCCAAACGAUAAUCUACAACGAUCGGAAUCAUUCCACGAUGACAAUAGUGCAUUUAAUUCAUUCGGCAGAUUCCAGUACGUUUUGGCAGCGGCCACAUCUAUUGCCACCAAGAACAACGAAGAAUCUCUCACCUAUCUUAAUCAGGGUCAAAGCUAUGAGAUUAAGCUGAAAAAGCUAGGUGAUCUAUCGCCAUUCCGGGGAAAGAUACUGAAAAGUGUCAUCAAGAUAUGCUUCCAUGAAAGACGUCUACAGUACAUGGAACGCGAACAGAUGCAACUAUGGCAGGCUUCCCGGCCCGGGGAAAGAAUUUUAGAUGUUGAUAUUCCCCUUUCGUAUGGAUUGAUUCAGGUGCAACCAAAUACGAGCAGUCUUCUGAACACGAUUGAAGUUUACUGGGACCCCAUGAAAGAGGUCGGUGUGUACAUCAAGGUGAACUGUAUAUCAACUGAGUUCACACCGAAGAAACAUGGAGGCGAAAAAGGUGUUCCAUUUCGCAUACAAGUGGAAACCUUCUUAGACAGCUCGCUGAAUGACGGUGGAAACAGUUCUAUUGGAACGGAUAAUACCGUGCGACCACUGCACGCUGCAGCCUGUCAGAUUAAGGUUUUUAAACUGAAAGGAGCUGAUCGAAAGCACAAACAGGAUCGUGAGAAGAUCCUGAAGCGGCCAGUUGCUGAGCAAGAUAAGUACCAACGCAGUUGCGAGUGCACGAUUUUGACUGACAUCACGACGGAAUCGAUGAUAACACCGCUAGUUGGCGGAUUUAGUCCAGAGCACAUCAAACGCAAUAUAUCUCCACUUCUGGGAGCACCAAGCUCACCUGUUCAUAUGAACAAGUUCGAGAACAUAAUGUCCUCGUUCUGCAAUGGUCCAGUCAAUACGGCAAACAAGCAAGCAGUAAUGGCCGCAGCUGUAGCAGCUGCCGUUAGUAGCAACCCGAUAGCAAUCGGGAACGUAUCUUCAACCAACGGACUGUGUAAACUGAUGGAUCAGAAUGUGCUGUCGCCACCGCAGGCCAGUAUCGAUUUGGAUGACUGUGUGCCAAACAUCUCCAAGGAUUCUAAUCCGGCAGCGUUAGCUCAGUGGUUGAGCUAUCAUCGGUUAGGCGCGUAUGCGAAAACCUUUUCGCAAUUUUCAGGCUCGGAUCUGUUGAGAAUGUCUAAGGAUGAUUUGUGCAAAAUCUGUGGAUUAGCCGAUGGUAUACGUAUGUUCAACAUACUUCAUUCAAAGCCCAUCACACCACGAUUGACAUUAUACGUAUGUUUCGAGGGAAGUACCUACCGUGCCGUUUAUCUACACUCCAAUACCAUAUCGGAAUUAACGCAUAACCUGCAGAAUAUACCAGGAUUCCUCGAUGCUGUGCAAUGUUCUCACUCAACAGAAAACAGUAAUCCGUGGGCCUCCAACUACCAACGUGCCUUGAAAAAUGCAGUUAACGGUCCAGCAGGUGGAAACAAAUAUUCCAGCGUAACAACAAGCGACGUCCACACGUCGGUUCCAUCGCCAUCGUCUCCGAUUUCCUCAUCGUCGCUUCCUCCAAGACCGAACCUGCUGAUCAACGGUCCAAACGGAGUCAACGUGCUAUUGACCGAAGACGUACUAAACAAUAUCAAAGAUGAGAGUUUGUUCCAACUCGAAGUAAAACCAAACGGGAAUGUUCUUAUGAAGGCGAUUCCAGCUGCAGGCAGCACUAGUCCUGGCAGUACGGGAGAGAAUGAAAUGAAUUGAAGGAUUUUUACCACCUUCUUUUCGAAAAUGCUCAACCGUUCUCUCUUGCAGAUGGUGUUUUGAUUUAUACUCUGUUUGAUAACGUUACUGUUACCAUUUGUUGUUUGACGUUCGGUGUUGGAUGUACUUUUUAUCUAAACAUAUUUUACGAUAAUCCAUGUAAUGGACACAACUAGAUAACUUCUUGUUAUAUCCAAUUGGAAAUUUUGCAUGCAUGAGCAAAUAUAUAGAUCCCUGUCUGUUGUUAACUUCACCAGUAUGUUUGCCAGAGUCUAUUGAUUAAAAUUAAGUGAACAUUGAAGCAUGGCGAAGAAAUUGGGAAAAUUGAACAAACCGCACAAACAACUUUCUUCGCAUCACAGAUUGUUGUUUCAAUGAAACAAUACUUGCAUUUUCCAGGGUAAUCAAAGUUUUUUGCCUAAUUUUGGCAUACGUAGCUAAUCAAGUCCUUAGUUUUUCAUUAUCAUAUAUUAUAAUUUCGUAAUAAUUUUAUAACCAUUCAACAAAGCACAAACAUGGUUUAUAUUAUGUUUGUAGAUGUUUGAAUAUAAUGUUUCAAAUGUGAUUAAAUAUAAUAGCAGCAUGUUUGUGUUUUAAACCAGAUUGUAUAUCCAUAGUUUCUGACCUUUCAAAAUGUUCUUAAAAAUGAUGCACAUCAAAUAAAUUGAAAUUGACGGAAAACUGAAUGGAAAAAUGAUGAAUCAUUUCGUUCUCCUCGAGACAAAUAAUUCUUUUCUGUAAAUAUUAUAAAAUGAAUACGAUUAAUCGUUCAAGCUACACAAAAGCAGCAUCCAUUUAGUACACCAGCAAGAAAUUAGGAAUUUUAAAUCUUUAUGUGAAUUUGCUUAUUUUUUCCCACAUGGUAUAAUCAAAAAUAUCCCAAUAUUUCACUUUGUAUUUGCGUAGCUAUAGUUUCAAUCUUUGUAUAUCGUUUUCACACAAUGAACAAAUAAUUUCGAAGUUUAUUUUUAUGUUUCUGAUGUGCUUCGUUUGUUAAGUGAUAUAUUUUUACUGCAGAACAUUCAAUGCCAAGCUCUACUUUUUCUAACAAUUGAGUGUAUGUGUAGCCACAACAGGUUGCAUUUGUGAUGCAAGUAGAGAACGUGCUGUGUCAAUCAGAUCAAUCAUAGGAGAUUUUUCACAAGUACAAAUAAGAACUGAACCCCUUCAUAGUAAAUAAGACCUACCCCAUACAAAGGGCCCACCAACAACGGAGGCGAAAUUUAAACGUGCCUUACCGAUGUAGCUGUGAGUACAGAGAAACAAAAUCAUCACAUUUUAGAGAAAAAUCGUUCACACAACAAAAAUACUACUGAACCACUG